CUUAUAUUAGAGUGCAUCUGUACAUCAACGACAGCGUAUAAAGCAGUAUACUUUGCCACAUAGAGACUAAGGAACGCUGAACAAACAUGGCUGCUAAAGCUAGCGGGCUAACAAGCUAACACAAAAGCUACAAUUCGCUGUCGUUGAGCUAAAAGAAGGCGGACCUGUUCCAUGUGGCGCGUGAUUGGGUUUUAUGCAGGAUCGUCACAGCACAAGUGUAUGGCACAGAUGGACCAGUGAUGAACAGGAUAAGGAUCCACGUGUUGCCAUCGAGCAGGGGCCGUGUGGCCCAGACCGCUCGUACCCAGGAGCCCCAGGCCUGCUCCUUCACUCAGCGACCCUGCUCCCAGCCGCGCCUGGAGGGCCUGGAGUUCUGCAUCAAACACGUCCUGGAGGACAAGAACGCCCCUUACAGACAGUGUAGCUACGUCUCCAACAAGAAUGGCAAGCGCUGCCCGAACGCAGCCCCUAAGGUGGAAAAGAAAGAAGGGGUGACCUUCUGUGCGGAGCACGCUAGAAGGAAUGCCAUGGCGCUCCAGGCCCAGCUGAGAAAGGCCUCGUCCGGACCCUCCCCUGAGGCCCUCCUAUCUCAGCUCAGUGGGUACAACCGCCCUGAGACGCAUGGCCUGGACAGUGGCCGCAGUGAAGCCACCCGCAUCCUAGAUGUGGACAGCUGGAGCGAGGAGGAGCAGGGACCGCUGGUGCUGGACCAGACAUGGAGAGGAGAUCCAGACAGUGAAGCUGACAGCAUCGACAGUGACCAUGAGGAUCCUCUUAAACAUGCAGGGGUGUACACAGCAGAGGAGGUUGCUCUCAUCACACGGGAGAAGCUCAUCAGACUCCAGUCUCUCUACAUCGACCAGUUCAAACGCCUGCAGCACCUCCUCAAGGAGAAGAAGCGCCGAUACCUGCACAGCCGCAAGGUGGAGCAUGAGACCCUAGGGAGUAGUUUGCUGACUGGCACAGAGGGUCUCUCCAUGAAGGAGAGGGAGAACCUGAGGAAGCUGAAGGCUCUCCGUCGGUACCGCCGCCGGUACGGCGUGGAGGCUCUGCUUCACCGGCAGCUCAGAGAGAGGAGACAGGCUGUCACAGAAGGAGCUCCUCCUCAGGCGCAUACGAUGAGGUCUAGCCAGAGGUGUAUCUCCUAUGUGGAAGGGACCCGCUGUUCUAACCAGUGUCUCCCAAUGACGCGACACUGCGUCUCUCACAUCUACCAGGACAGUAACCAGGUACUGUUCAAGAUGUGUCCGGGGCUGAAGGAUGUUCCCUGUGACCGGCCCGUUCACAUGGGCCAGUCAGAGGAGCCUCGCUGCCCCCUGCACCUCUCCCUGCCUCCCCCCAUGUACCAGCCUGAACAGGAGACGGCCCUGACCCCAGAGCAGCUAGAUGCAGUACUACCCAAAGACAUGUACCUGAGUGCUGCAGAGCUACAGCCCACGGAGAGCCUGCCGCUAGAAUUCAGUGACGACCUGGAUGUAGUGGGGUGUCCUCCGUCCCCUCUGAUGUUUGACACGGCCCUGGCUCUGGAGGACCAGACGAUCAGGGCCAUCGCUGAGGGUCCCAUGGACAUCCUAACUGGCGUUGAGCUGGACGCUUCGGGACACGACUCUGCUGACAUGGAGCUCUCUGAGAGAGUUCUGCAGUCUAUAGAGGACCAAAUUGUAUCAGAGGUAAUAGGAGAAGGGGACACCACAGAAAAUUCAUCAACAGAACUGGACCAUGUUGCUGCAGACACCUCCAGAUGAAAGAGCUUUGCCUCAACCCAUGUUCAAAUUACAAACUUGUGUUGAAUUACAGAGACUAAUAUUGAGUUGACCAAUUCAAAGCCAGGAUAGAUCUACAAGGUGGUAGAUCAUAACGGUGCCUUUGCACACCAUUGCCAAAUGACUACUGUUAAGUCAUUGUUUAAUCAGUUGUCGUAUUGCUAACUUUUGCUCAUACUCUCAAUGAGUCAUUUCAAUGUCUGUCUGGUCUCGUGCACUGUUGCCUUUCUGAACUUUACCUGUGUAAUUUAACAACUCCUGGCUUCUCCAUAAACUACAAACAGAUUAUAUAUUGUAUACCAAGUCAGUGUUGGUAUAGUGAAGAGAUGAAACACCCUUGCAAGUCUUUGGUUUGUUACUGUUCAUUAAACACUCCACAAAUAAAUGUAUUGAUCAUUUGAUUUUUA